UAAUUGAUGACCAAAUUGAAAAGCAGAAGGAGAGAGACCACGGCGCAAACCCCCCCUUUAAAUUCCUUUCUUUCUUAAUUGAAAUUUAGGGCAAACAAGCUUCAUGUGAAGAGCUAAGGGGAUAAAAGUCUCUUUUUUUUCCUUCUCUCACCGUCACAGUGCACCUCUCCACCUAGAUCACCUUUAUUUUUCAUUUCAAUUUUUGUUUUAUACUUCCUUGGAUAUUUUGGCUGAAGCACGGCUUCACUUGGGCACCCCCUUUUCUGAAGUCUUUCACGAAACGGCACCAACUAAGGCACUUCAAGGUGAAAACUUUCUUUUCUUUUUUUUUUCUUGGACCAAGACGCUUAAAAGUUCCACAAUGAGUAACCUAAAAUCUGACAGCGAGCCUAACAAUAACAACGUUGAAGAGGAGGUCCGAACUCUCUUUGUCAGCGGCCUACCAGUUGAUAUCAAACCCCGGGAACUCUACCUGCUCUUUAGACCGUUCAAGGGUUACGAAGGUUCACUGAUUAAGUUAACAUCAAAGCAGCCUGUUGGGUUUGUUACCUUUGACAAUCGGACUGGUGCCGAAGCCGCGAAAAAUGCAUUAAAUGGAAUUCGCUUCGACCCAGAGAGCCCACAGACACUGCGAUUAGAGUUUGCAAAAGCCAACACAAAGAUGGCAAAGAGUAAACUGAUGGGAACACCAAACCCCAGUAACAUGCACCCUGCUCUGGGAGCACACUUCAUUGCACGGGACCCAUAUGACCUGACUGGAGCAGCACUGAUCCCUGCAUCUCCAGAGGCCUGGGCUCCCUAUCCACUGUACACCACUGAGCUGGCCCCUGGUAUCCCCCAUGCUGCCUUCACUUACCCAGCAGCGGCUGCAGCAGCUGCUGCACUUCACGCUCAGAUGCGCUGGUAUCCUUCUCCAUCUGACACUAGCCAGCAAGGAUGGAAGUCUCGUCAGUUUUGUUAAGUAUUUAAUACCAUUCAGGACCUGAAUAUUUUGUGUUCUCCCAUUUUUCUGUGGAGUGAUGUGACAGGUUGUACUGGGCUAUAUUAAUUUAAUCAGGUUUAUUUAAUGGACAAAUGUGCAUUAGCAACUCCUAUUCCAACUUUUUUCCUUUUUGAAGAAUCUAAAGGACUUUAAACCUGUGGACUACAAGUUUGAAGCUGAGGCCUAUUUGGAGUUUUCAUGGUACAAGCGCUGCACUUCAAAACUCUGUGCAAGGCCAAAAAUCAAUUGCAGAAAUGGACUUGUUGCUGAAAAAAUAAUUUAAAAAAUGUAAAUGAUAUAGCUGCUCUUUGGAGAAAAAAAAAAAAAAACCUCAAGACAAUCAAUGUGCAUGUUGAAGUUUCUGGCAUGAAUUAGAUUGCGAAGUUUUGUGUAUCCUUGUUUUAUAGUGCUUGUGUUGCCAUAGCAACAGGUCUCUGCCUAGUCAAUUCUUUGUUUUACUGUAUCUUUUGGUCUCUCACCUGAAUUUUGGCUUGAGUUGCUUACAAUGAAUGUUACUUUCAAGAUAGAGGCCAACUUCUGGUUAUUGGAGUUUUUUUGUUCAAAAUGGACAACAUUAUGCACUGGGUUUUAUGAUCUUGACAGAUGAAUCCUGCUUAGGAUGUAGGCUAUUUUUUUAUUUUAUUUUUUUCCCUUUCAAUGACCCAGCUUCUACAGAUCUACAUAAAUCCAUGUCUGAACCAGUCUUGCCAAAAUAUCAACUAUCUGUUCGGAGAAUAUUUGAACAAAUGAGUACAAGUAUUUUUGUACUUAAUUGUAUAAUGAAAUAUUUAUGCAUCAUUUUUGUGCAAUUAAAUAAGUAAUCUGUAUUAGUUUAAUGUCUAGUUUUUAGUUGAUUUAUACAUUUUUUUUGAAAGAUGCCGAUUUCUAUCUAUCCUGUUUGACGUAGUUUAUAAGAAGUGCAAUUGUAUAUGUAUCCAUUUUGUUUUUGGCUUGGUGUUAAAUACUAAAGUGUUCUAUGAAGGUGGCUGAAAUGUUCAUUUAAAGGAUUGCUGACGUAAGAUUGCUGUAAAAUAGCUGAUCUAUGAGGAUGUGAAACUGGAUAAUAAAGAGAUAUAAAAGCUAA